UGUUAACCUUAUCAUUUUAACGCACAAGUCAGAUUGUCAGAAUCAGAGAAACAGAAAGCAAAAUCAAAGAAAAAAAAAACAGAAACAGAAGAAAUAAAAGAAAAAAAAAGCAUAAAAUAAAAACAGAUAGAGAGAAGAACUAAGUAAAAAUAAAAAUCAAAGAGCUGAUUCGAUCUACUCUCUAUCAAAGUUUUGAUCUUUUGUUUCAAAGGGUUUUAGAUGGAAAGGAUGAUUUGUUCCAAAAAGUAAUUGGAAUUCUGUUUAAACAGAUAUUUGAUUGGAUAUACAUGCCAACACAGUUCGAGGUCAGAUAAUGGCUGUUGAGGCUUCUGCCAAACAUGUUUAUGAUUAUGACAAUGAGGAUGACGAUGAGCCUCUAGUGUUCAAGAGGAAUAAUGCCUCAUCCUCUAAGCAGAAUGAGUUAAACUCGGAAGUAAAGAAGGCAUCAUCUCAAAGGUCUGACGGGCAAUCUGGGAGGCAGACAUCUGAUAUACGAGCCUUCAAUGGCCAAAGUUCCAAUUCCCAGAAGAACAAGACAAUCCCAUCUUCUAAGUUACCUCCAGUGAGAUCGCCUUUUUUAAGCCCAAGAGCAUCAACUUCAUCUGCCAAGGCAUCAACUGUGAAGUCACCAGUGGUGAAUUUUAAGGCAUCAACUUCAUUAAAUGAUCAAUCAAAACAAGCACUGAAGCAGAAUAUGUCUACUGCUGUCAAGGAAGAGAAAAGCCCAAUUGAAGUUACCACUGAAACAAACAGUGAUGACGAUGAUUUACAACCUUUGAGUGUGAGGCUUAAGGGGAUCUCAAACCAGGGCAACAAAGGGGCGAGCACUUCUACUCUUAUCCAAUCACAGCGAUUGGUACCAAAGAUUGAGGUAAAAAAAUCUGCUGAAGAUCCUUAUGAUGAAGCUCCUCUGUCUGCAAGGUUCAACAUGAAGUCCAAUGCUGGGGCAUCGAGUAGUGAGCCGUAUGAUUCUGAUGAGAAGAAACCUCUGGCAUCUAAAAUUCAGCAGAAUGGUUCCACCAUGACGGACAAGAAGCAAAAAUCUUCUAUGUUGUUAGGUAAGAGACCUCUUGAUAAGGGCAAUUCCUCAGAUCAGUCUUCAGCUAAAAAGACAAAGAUUUUAGAUACACCUACAACAAUGAAACCCAAACAAGUAACAGUAAAAGCAGAAAAGGCUGAUGAAGAUGAUGAUCAUGUUCCAAUUGCCCAACGAAUGAAAAAGUCAACUUCAUCAGACAGUAAAAUGUCAUGUGUGAAGCAAAAAGCAACCAAGGUUGUAUCUUCUUCAUUUAAAAAGAUAAAUAAAAAGUCAAAGAAAGAGAUGAAAAAUUCUAAAUAUAUCAAGUCGACAAAGGUGUCGCCUAGUUCUGGUGAUGGGCAGAAAAAGUGGAGUACCUUAAUUCACAAUGGUGUCAUUUUUCCACCUCCAUACAAGCCACAUGGGGUUAAGAUGCUAUACAAUGGACGGCCAGUUGAUCUAACUCCUGAACAAGAGGAGGUUGCCACAAUGUUUGCGGUGAUGAAAGAUACAGACUAUAUGAGUAAAACACAGUUCAAGAAGAAUUUCUGGGAGGAUUGGAGUAAAAUACUUGGAAAAAACCAUACCAUUAAGGGCUUGGACAAAUGUGACUUCACUCCAAUAUAUGAGUGGCAUUUGCAGGAGAAAGAGAAGAAGAAACAAAUGAGUUCUGAAGAGAAGAAGGCUUUGAAAGAAGACAAGUUGAAGCAGGAGGAAAAGUAUAUGUGGGCUAUCGUUGAUGGCAUCAAAGAAAAGGUAGGAAAUUUCAGAGUUGAACCGCCUGGGCUCUUCCGAGGUCGGGGAGAGCAUCCGAAGAUGGGAAAAUUGAAAAGACGUAUUCGACCAAGUGACAUUACCAUUAAUAUCGGAAAGGAUGCCCCAAUUCCGGAAUGUCCAAUCCCUGGUGAAAGCUGGAAAGAUAUAAAACAUGACAAUACUGUCACAUGGCUAGCUUUCUGGAAUGAUCCCAUUAAUCCAAAAGAAUUCAAAUACGUAUUUUUGGCAGCUAGCAGUUCUUUGAAGGGGCAAAGUGACAAGGAGAAAUAUGAGAAAGCUAGGAUGCUGAAGGAUUAUAUCAAGAACAUAAGAACAGCAUAUACUAAGGAUUUUACAAAUAAAGAUGUUACAAAGCGGCAAAUAGCUGUUGCUACCUAUCUUAUUGAUAAAUUAGCUCUUAGGGCGGGUAAUGAGAAGGAUGAUGAUGAAGCUGAUACUGUUGGUUGCUGCACGCUUAAAGUAGGAAACGUGGAGUGUAUUCCUCCAAAUAAAUUGAAGUUUGACUUCCUCGGUAAAGAUUCGAUUCAGUAUGUGAAUACGGUGGAGGUUGAACUUCCUGUGUACAAGGCAAUUGGACAGUUUCAAACUGGGAAAAGCAAAAGUGAUGAUCUUUUUGACCAGCUUGAUACUAGUAAACUAAAUGCUCAUUUGAAGGAACUCAUGCCUGGGCUUACAGCAAAAGUCUUCCGUACCUAUAAUGCUUCCAUUACAUUGGAUGAGAUGUUAAAUAAAGAAACCAAAGAUGGGGAUGUGGCAGAAAAAGUAGUAACUUAUCAGCGUGCAAACAAAGAGGUUGCAAUCAUUUGUAAUCAUCAGCGUAGUAUUUCAAAAUCUCAUAGCGCACAGAUGUCGAGGUUGACCGAGAAAAUAACAGAACUCAAGGGUGUUCUAAAAGAGCUAAAGAUUGAUUUGGACAGAGCUAAGAAGGGGAAGCCCCCAUUGAAGGAUGCUGAUGGGAAGCAGAAGAGGAACUUGACCCCGGAAGCGAUAGAGAAAAAGAUAGAUCAAACAAAUGCAAAGAUUGAGAAGAUGGAACGAGACAUGCAGACUAAAGAGGAUCUAAAAACUGUGGCAUUGGGCACGUCCAAAAUCAAUUACCUUGACCCUAGGAUUACAGUUGCUUGGUGCAAGCGACACGAAGUUCCCAUUGAGAAGAUAUUCAACAAGUCUCUUCUGGCAAAGUUUGCUUGGGCAAUGGAUGUGGAUCCUGAUUUCAGAUUCUGAUCAUCCAAAGUGAACCCAGGUUGGUGCUGUGAAUUUCUUACUCCCACCACCAGUAACCCAAAGGAAAAGAUGGGGACAAAGGAACAUCCAACCCCUCUUCAUUAUCAUCCAUUUUUCCAUUUAAGUUAUUCACAAUUUUUUUAGAAAAUUCAUGUUAUAUGUCAAAUCUAAUCUAAUCAAAGGGCUAGUUGGCCCAUUUCUUUUUUCCAUCCUCUCAAACUGUUCCAUGUUGGACAGCAGUUGCAACUGAAAUUGUUUGCUUUAACUUUUGAACAUUCCAUACUAACUUUCAAAUGUUGAGAUACAUUGAAGAAUGGCUAAAAGACAGAACAUUUUAUACUUUUCCACCCACAGGUUCCUUUUUUUUUUACAAAGAUACUGCUUAUGUUCUUUUGAGCAUUGGUAGGUUAUGUUUAACCUUCAAUCUGCAGUAAACAAAAUAAUCAAGAAAAUGUUGGAUUGAGCUUAGCACUGGUGAUUGAUCUACGGAGGUAAAAGUUUGAUUAACUUUGUUGAAAAUUGUGAACCUGUUGUCACUGCAUAUGAUUCACGAAACAUAUCUGAAUUGAAUAAGGUUAGCAAUUUGAUUAGUUCUAGAACUGAAAGGAGUGAUCUAUUCUGACAGCAAGUUAUAAAUAAGAGAACCAAAAGAAUCAUCUUUGGUUCCCACUGACAGUUCUUAUGAAUUUUGGUUACCAUUGGCUGUUCUGUUUCACGAAUUUUGACACCUUCGACUCUAUCUUCACCCUUUUUACAAACCAUAAGCCAUGGAGGUAAAGAAUGUGUUACCAAAUUUUUUAUGGUUGUUGUCCGACGAAUUGGAGGUGUCACAAGGCAACACAAGGCAGCUAGCUAGCGACUGAAGACAGCAGAUCAAGUGGAAGCUCACAAAAAAAUCCUGUUUCUUUUGCUUCUUGGAAUGUUAAUUUGAUCUUAUCAGUCUUCAUCUCUUCCUUUCUUCCAUGAACAUGACAGCCUAUACAUUUCUGAACAAAGUUAACAUUAAAGAGCUAAAGUCUGGCAAAUGACAGUAUAGGAGAAAGAAGAAAAAGAAAUGAUACUUGAACUUACCUAUAGUCUGGCAUUACUCAAAUAGGUGAGCUCCAUGGUGGUUUUAAAUCUAUACAAAGCAAAGAGACCGAACACUCCUCUUCUAUGCAUGUUUUUGUCUCCACUCAACGUGAAAUAUAUGUGUUUCCCUUCAGUUUCUGGCCUCAGAGCAGGGCUUGCAGUCUCUCUUACGGUCAUGGAGAAAGUCCAUAUCAUCAUCACAAUAAUCUCUUACGGUCUGCUCAGUCCACUGUUGAUCUCCAAUUCUACAAAACAUGGAACUGACAAAUUUUAAGAACAAACUAUCAGGAUUACCAGGAGGUGAUGAUGACAAUAUGCAGCAGGACCCUAUCUUUCAUUUAGGCCCCAAAGUAAGUGAUGGUAACAGUAUUGAUUCCAAAGUCAAACAAUUCCACAGAGAACACUGAUCCUUUUCCAAUAAGAACAACCAACCGUAAGAACAAGUCUCCACAACUCUCGAUGUUUUUCAUCAGCUUUUGCUUUCCAGGUUUGGUUUUGUUGCACAAAAAAACUGGUUUCUAUAACCUCAGCCAUUCCUGAAUAACAACCAAGAGCAUGGGUUCGGUUCAGGUGGACAUAAACGUGUUCCUGUCUUUGCUUUCUUCUCCAUCUCCUAUCAGAACCCAAACGAGAAAGUAGGU